AAAACAUAUUUCUUCUCAAUUAUCAAACUCAACAGAUACAACAGAAAGAUAAGGGUCCAACCCGAUACCUCAUCUUUCGCCGCAGUGCUCGUUUUCAGAGUAACAAAGGAAUCGUAGAGAAAGUGGUUAAAAGAAAAAGCGAAACACACACAGAACACAAAAGAAAAAUAUCAAGCGCUUAUCUCUCGCAGUUCAAUUUCACUGCGGACUCAACUUUCGCUACUGUUCCAAAUCGUGCUCUGCUUCAAGUUACGCUUCUCACUAUCCUCGUUCAAAACUUCAACUCCUCAGUUAUCAAUUAUUAUUACGAUUCAGUUCAAUUCCUUGACCGUUGCUAUGUGAUUGAUGAUUUUGGAGGCAAAUUGUUUUGUUCAUUGAUCUUCGUGGAAAUCAAUCACAAAAGCUUCCUGUGAUAUAUAUGUAGAAACGACAAAUCGUAGAUGAUUAAAUUCACAUCAAACAUUCGUAGAUAAACUAAACGAAUGCUUCUCCGAUCUUCAACUUUUCGGAGACGGAGAGAUUAAGAAACAAGAGAAUUAGGUUUCUAUUGAAAUCGGAUCUGAGAAUUUUCUAUCCGCAAGAUACUGAUCAAAGCUACAAGUUCUUUAUCUCUGUUUUGGCUUCAGAAUUCCACGAUAAUUCAGUCUUACAACGCGGUAACAGAAUUGUGUUCUAUAAGAUUUGACUGAAUUUAAAAUUUCUGUUGAAUUACGUUCCGAAUAAGAAGAAUUAGAUUCAGGUUUCGAUGGAGCUUUCUCCAGCGCGUCCCUGUGGAGCCGAAGGAGCAGGAAGAAAACCGACGCAUGAUUUUCUAUCACUCUACAGUAAUUCAACUGCCGAACAAGAUCCAAGGCCAUCUGCUCAAGCAAGUUACCUCAAGACCCAUGAUUUCCUGCGACCACUAGAACAGUUUGAAACGAAUUCCGGUGCCAAGGAAGAAGCCACAGAUGAAAUAUCAUCGGUGGUUCAGAAGCAACCGACAUUACCAGCACCAGCUUCAGUUGAGCGCCUCUUACCUGGAGGAAUUGGAACAUACAGUAUUAGCCACGUUUCCUACGCCAAUAAUAAUAAUAAUCAAAGAGUUCCAAAGCCAGAAACAUCACUUUUCACUGUGCAUCAAGCAACUAGUACGGAUAGAAACGACAACAACUCCAACUGUAGUUCACAUACUUCAAGUGGUUUCACAUUGUGGGAAGAGUCUGAGAUAAAAAAGGGAAAGAUAGGAAAGGAGAAUAAUGUUGGCGAGAAACCAAUUAUUGGAGUGGCAGAAUCUGCUGCUAAGUUGGGACAUUGGACAUCGACUGAGCGAACUUCGCAAUCGUUUUCUAAUAAUCGUCAUGGCAGCUUCAACUCUCGCUCUUCAUCUCUGACAACUGGACAGAAGAACCAGAGUUUUAUGGAAAUGAUGAAAUCUGCAAAGGAUUGUGCCCAGGAUGAAGAGCUAGAAAAUGAAGGAACGUUUUUUCUUAAAAGAGAAUCCUCGGAUACUCAAAGAGGAGAUCUGAGGGUGAGAGUGGAUGCGAAGAGUACUGAUCAAAAGCCAAACACACCGAGAUCAAAACAUUCUGCAACAGAGCAACGGAGAAGAAGCAAAAUUAAUGACAGGUUUCAGAUGCUACGAGAGCUUAUUCCACACAGUGAUCAAAAGAGGGACAAAGCGUCCUUUUUGUUAGAGGUCAUUGAGUAUAUUCACUUUUUACAAGAGAAGGUGCACAAGUAUGAAGGCUCAUUCCAAGGCUGGAAUAACGAGCCAGAAAAAUUGAUGCCAUGGAGAAAUAAUGACAGGCCAGCAGAAAAAUUUCAACCUCGUGGCGCAAAUAGUGGGUCUAAUCCAUCUCCAACAUUGCUGUUUGCUUCAAAGGUUGAUGAGAAAAAUAUCACAAUCCCCCCAACAAUUCACGGGGGUAUCCAUAAUGCAGAAUCUGGCUUGAGCACAACAACUGCCUUCAAGACAAUGGAUCAUCAGUCUGGAAUACUGAACAAGGCUUUUCCAAUUCCCAUUACUUCCCAACCAAAUUUCUUCACUUCGACCCAAACCUGUGGUUCAGGAGGAGUAGUGUCUCAGCUCAGACAUAGAUUAGCAUCUGAUGCAGAGAACACCAUUUACCAACCUUCAGUAGAAUCUCAGGCUAUGACUUCUACCAGUGAAAAGCUGAAAGAGAAAGAGCUUAGCAUUGAAGGAGGUGCCAUUAGCAUAUCCAGUGUGUACUCACAAGGGUUGUUGGAUACACUUACACAAGCCUUGCAGAGUUCGGGAGUGGAUUUGUCACAGGCUAACAUUUCAGUGCAAAUUGAACUUGGUAAGCAAGCUAACAUCAGGCCAACUGUACCAAUGUCAAUGCGCGUUCCUAAGGAUGAUGAGGAUCCUUCUAAGAAUCAAAGGAAGAUGCGCUCUAGAGUCACUAGCUCUGACAAGUCUGAUCAAGCAUCAAAGAAGCUUAAGACGUGCAGAAGUUAAUUCAAACGAUAUACUCAUUCUUUCCUUAUCAUAAUUUUUAUCAAUUAUUUGGGGCAACUUUCUAAAAUUAAUUUUUGGAAGGGGGUAUUUAUGUCCUAUGCUGAAUCAUUUUCCAGCGAGGAUGAGAUUGACUGUACAAUGUACAUGUAGUGUCUUAGUUUGUUGGGAUCCUUAGGCUCCCCCCAACAAAAUAAUAUGCAUCAUUUUAGUUCUAAAUAUAUAAUUAUAGAGGCUUCCAUAUUAAAUACAAGUUUUUGAUUUAUCAAGGCUUCCAUUCCGUUGCUGUAAAGUUGGUAAACUCUUGGUUUUUAACUUGCUGCAUAUUUUUUAGCAUUGAUUUUGGUGGUCUUGUGUAUUAUGUUUGAGUUAACCUUCUCCAUAGCUUACUUUUGAUGGCCUCGUCUCCAUUGUGAUAACUAAUAAAAAUUGUACUUAUUGAUUUCAUGAUUUGCUUA